GCGCGCGCAUGCGCUCGUUUCCGGUGAUAGGCUUUCUCUCGCGCGCACCAAACUUCUCUCUGUUGUUGUGCACGAGGAUGGCGACGCGUUCUUCAGCCCGUAAGGCAAAGCGUAAGGCGGACGUGGUUGCAGAAGCAGAGCCUGUGGCAAAGCAGGAUAAAGGAAAUGAGGCUGAACGGGAGGAUCAAGGCCAGAGAGUCAUCAUCGAACACUGUAAAAGCUGACGUGUGUAUGGGCGGAAUGCUGAUGCAGUGCGUGAGGCUCUCCUUGCUGCACAUCCUAAGCUGUACGUACUGCUCAACCCCCAGAAGCCUCGUCGCAACAGCUUUGAGGUCACUCUAAUUGAGGGGACCAAAGAGGUGGUGUUGUGGACUGGUAUCAAGAAAGGUCCUCCCCGUAAACUGAAGUUUCCAGAGCCUGCUGAGGUUGUAACUGCCCUGGAGGAUGCCCUGAAGAGCAGUUAGAAACUUUGAGGAAAGGUUUAUCUCAAUUUUCAGUGAAUGAUCCUGGGUUUCUUGGAUGCAUAAUGAUGAGGAUGGACCAAAACAGAUGACUCCCAGUCUGUUCUCUGAUGCUUGGCAUCCUGACCUGGAAUCAUUGCUGCUUCCUUGUGAUAUUCUGCUUUGCUUCUUUUGAGUAUAGUAAGAAACUGACGUGUUCUUACCUUUAACUGUGGUUAUGUUAUUACAUAUGUUUAUAGACUUGUGCUUCAUUGUGUCUUGGGGAAAUGUUUGGUACACACUAUUACUGACAAGUUUGUGGACACCAGACCAUUGCACCAAGUGUGCUUGUUGAACAUCCUGUUCCAGCUUUAGUUCCCCUUUGCUAUUAUAAUGACCUCUUCUCUUCUGGGAAGGUGUUCCAUUAGAAUUUGGAGUGUGGCUGUGGAGACUUUUAGCUAAAAGAGUGUUAAGGAGGUCAGGCAUUGAUGUCUGCUGAGGUGGUCAGGGUUCUGGGCAGGAAAAGUUCUUCUACACCAAAUUUGGCAAACCAUGUCUUCAUGGAACUUGACAGUGACCCUGUGCACAAAGCAUGCUGGAACAGGUUUAGACCUCUUGGUUCCAGGAAAUAGAAAUUGUAAUGCUACAGCAUACAAGGAUAUUCUAUACAAUUGUGCGAUUCGAACUUUCCAUCAAAAAUGUUGCCAUAAUGGACAGGUGUUCACAUACUUCUGGCCAAAUGGUGUGCGUGUGACAUGUUUUUAAACUGUUAAACAUUUGAAUUUGUGUACGUCGACGGUUUUGUGGAUGAAAAGAAUAAAGUUUGUGCUUUGUACUA